UCCUAUACAGUCUUAUGUUUCUAAUCUUAGUUGUUUUGUUGUAAGAAGCAUUUGUCUUUUGUCUUCUUUCCACUUAUUUCUUUAAUCAUAUUUAAGGAGUGUCCAUAAGGAGAGCUUUACCUCCUUGAGGAUUAAAGCCCCACAGUACUGAGCUAUUUGUCUGUCAAAAUGUCUGCAAAAUUGGGAAAGUCAUCAUCACUCCUAACACAAACUUCAGAGGAGUGUAAUGAGAUUCUGACAGUGAAGAUGGAAGAGGAAGAACAGACCUGUGAUCUGGACUCUAACCUCCACUGGAGCAGCAGUUACAGCCCAGAGACCUUCCACCAGCAGUUCAGGCAGUUUGGCUACCAGGAUUCACCUUGGCCCGGGGAGACUCUGAGCCGACUCUGGGAACUUUGUCAUCUCUGACUGAGGCCGGAGGUGCACACCAAGGAGCAGAUCCUGGAGCUGCUGGUGCUGGAGCAGUUGGCCAUCCUCCCAAAAGAGCUACAGGCCUGGGUGCAGAAGCAUCAUCCAGAGAAUGGAGAGGAAGCUGUGACUAUGCUGGAGGAUGUGGAGAGAGAGCUUGAUGGACCAGAGCAGGUCUUUUUUGGACAAAGGAAGGACAUGAUUGCAGAGAAGCUAGCACCUUCAGAAAUCACUGAGGAAUUGCCAAGAAGCCAGCUCAUGCCCAUGAAGAAGUAGCUCCAGGGAGCAUCAUGGGAGCUUCAGUCCUUAAGACCGCAUGAUGAAGACAUCAAAACUACAAACGUGAAAUCCGCAGCAAGGCAGAAGACUUCUUUAGGCAUAGAACUGCAUUGCGAUGUCUCUAACAUCCUUUAUAUCAGUGCCUCCCAGAGUUCCACAUAUAGAGCAACCUAUGAACAAGAUGGUAGGCUUGAAAGGAGACAAGGAAACCCGUCUGGAAAAAAACAACACAAAUGUGAUGAAUGUGGCAAAAUCUUUAGUCAGAGCUCAGCCCUUUUUUUACAUCAGAGAAUCCACAGUGGAGAGAAACCUUAUGCGUGUGACGAGUGUGCAAAGGCAUUCAGCCGAAGCAUGAUUCUGAUUCAGUAUCGACGAACCCAUACUGGUGAGAAGCCCCACAAGUGUUAUGAGUGUGGCAAAGCCUUUAGUCAGGACUCGAAUCUUUUUAGACAUAGGAAAAGACACAUUAGAAAAGAAGUCCCAUAAGUAUCAUGAGGGAAUCAAAGCAUUUACUCAGCUAUUUCAGCACAAGGGAAGACACAAGGUGCAAACACUCCUUAGUACAAAUCAGUGGUCUUAGUAAGCACCAGACUCCUUUCAAGAGCCAUGAAAGCCACAGGAGAGAAGAUUGAAGAUCUCAUGUCAGCAUAAUUUGCUUUCCUGCUUAUUAAUGCAGUGU